CAUGGCUAUAUAAAGGGCGACCUGCGCUCCUGUCAUCCACGAGAGAAGGGAAAUUGGCGAGCACAGGAUCUGCACACACCACACACACACACACACACGCACACACACCACACACACACCACACACACACAUACAGUAGACACACACACACACACACACACACAUGCACAGAGAGCGAGAGAGAGAGAGAGAGCCUUGAUGAUUGCUGGCUGCACGACACGAAUUUGGUCAGCGAUUUUUUUGUUUCAUCUGCCACAGCACAGAUCUGCACCAGAUCAAGCCUUUAGUCGUGUAAUAAAAGCGUGCAUUGGCGUUUUAACAUCUGCCAGAUCCGCCGCGCACAACUCCACAGGGAGGCAGAGGAGCUCGAGCCGUUAUUCUUCUUAAUAAGAGAAUUCAGGAAAGCCUCAAGAGAUGCCAAAAAGGAGCGGACUUUGGUUGCUGCUGCUGCUGUUGCUGCUCGUGCUACUGCUCGAGAUGCUGGUCGUCGCAUCGGCGCACGAGCAGGACGUGAACGAAUCGUACUCGCCGCGGAGAGCGCGCGCCUCCGCCAACAGCCCCGCGGAUGUGGUGCGCUGUUUGAAUAGUGCCCUCCAAGUGGGCUGUGGUGCCUUCGCUUGUCUGGAGAACUCCACGUGUGACACAGAUGGAAUGCAUGACAUCUGCAAGUCCUUUCUCUACAGUGCUGCUAAAUUUGACACUCAGGGCAAGGCCUUUGUGAAGGAGAGCCUGAAGUGCAUCGCCAAUGGCAUCACCUCCAAGGUCUUUCUUACUGUGCGCCGUUGUUCCACUUUCCAGCGGAUGAUCUCGGAGGUUCAGGAGGAGUGCUACACCAAGCUGGACAUCUGCACUGUAGCCAGGUCAAACCCAGAAGCCAUUGCAGAUGUAGCUCAACUGCCCAGCCACUUUCCUAACAAGUUUUAUGGAAAGCUGCUGCAGAGUUUAAUGGACUGUGACGAGGAAACAAUCGACCUGUUGAGGGUGAAUCUGAUGGCCCGGUUGGGGCCUGAGAUUGCCAUGCUCUUCCAGCUACUGCAGAACAAGCCUUGCCCAUCCACUGCUGUGCCCACUGGGGCGGAGACUCGUGGAGGCUGGCACUGGCCCGCCAGUCCCCACCCACACAAGAACCAGCCUCAUCUACGCAACAGGGACACGGCCAAUCUCUUCAGCAAGAAACGCAACAUGGACAACAGCUCUUAACCCAGACCAGGUUUCUUGGUCCGAACCUAGAGGUUGUGCACAUUUUUGCAAAAUGAAAAGAAAAAAAAAAAAAAACAAAACAUAUUAGUGGCUCAUUCACAAUCAGAAUGCAGGAAUAACGUUAAUUCUCUUGAACAGGAAAAAAGAAAUGCACCUAUAUGAAAAUAGCUUGAAUGUCAAAUGUUUAUGUUUAUAUUGUCAUAGAAAUUCAAGGGACUAGUUUACCAGCUAAGCUUUUUUCAUAUUUCGAGACUGACCUAAGCACAGUUAAAGUCUCUUUUACAAGCUCAGUGUAAAAUCUCUUUAAAAAAAAAAAUAUUCAGGCCAUUGUGUAGAGUUCUUAGAUAGAUUUAAAUAUAUAUAUAUAUAUAUAUAAAUAUAUAUAUUAUUUUCAUGAAAAGUAUCUAAAGAGAAAAACGGAAAAUAAUACCAUCAAUAUAGAACCAUUUAUAUAUCUAUACAACCAAUAUAUCUUUAAAAAAAAAAAAAAAGGUUACAACAAAGAAAAUAUGUGUAUAUAUACUGAAUAUAUUGUUAAUGUGAAAUAGUUGGCAUGUGCUAUAAAUAUGAGAGUGUACUAUUUAUUUAUUAACAGAUAUUUUACUAUUUUUAGAUGUUAAAUUGCCACUAGAUCUUAAAUUGCCACUAGCCUUUUUGUGAACGCUCACUCACUGGGUGAGGGAUAUCUUUAAAAAAGAAAAUCUGCAGGAAUUCAUUAUAAAAGACCAAAAAACUAAGAUUUACUCCAGAUGCCAUAUUUCAUAGACCCUGCGUGCGGUAACAUUAGGUGUCAUGACUAAAAUCAUUUUUUACAGAAACUGAUUAGAAAUCUGAAGGACAGUGAUCAUUUAGUAGAUAUUAUUUUUCUAUUUAAAAAAAAAGGAAAAACCCAGUUGUUGCUAACCCUCGAGUGCAAUGCUAGUGUCACAUGAAAUUAUGAAAUUAUAGCCAGACGUAAUGGACAGAUGAACAACUUGCUCCCUGGUGAAUAUGACGUACAGAGGUGGGGUCGAAGCAAACCAAGAUGUCUAUUUAAGAAAAGAGCCUUUUGGGUUUAUUCAUAUUUAUUUUCCUACUAUAUUAUUUAAGUGUUUAUUUGAUUGCAUUUCUGUAGAUAUUCUGUGAUAAGUCAACUAGAGGUGUUUUUUUUUAUUUCUCUUUUCUCUUUUUCUUUUAGUACCGAGUGCCUGUUUUGUUUUUUUGUUUUGUUUUUUUUUUGUUUGUUUGUUUGUUUGUUUGUUUUUUUUUAUUAUUUAGAUUCUAUUUCUUGGACCUUUCUUUUUAAUUUCCUUCAAGAUGAGACCCAUGUAAUGACUCUGUGCUGGUCAUGGGGGAACACGUUGGUCAUUUGAGUCGGCUCACCUUCGCUGCGAGUGUUGUACGGGACCACUAUAAAAGACUAAAAGUACAAAAAAGGUGUUGCGAGCAUUGCCACUUACUGUGUAUUUUGUGCAGGGUCAACAAUAGACUGUUGCUUAGAGUUAUAUUUUCAGCUUUAAUAAAAAUCUGCCUGUGUUGGGGGGGGGGAUAUCAACAUCCAGUAUUUUAAAGCACCGCUGGUUUUAUUUUGUACGUGAAGGAUGGGUUUAGGCUGUUCUAUAGUACACCUAUGGUUAGCACAAACAGUUCAAACUGGAACAGUCACUGCAAAGUGUUUUCUGGAGCCAUUCUUGACACUAUGCAAUAUACAAUGUUUAUGAAAAGGCCUAUUUUUUUCUCUGAGUGUUUACCCGGGGUGGAAGAGUAGACAUCUCUGUUUAAGUGCUUCAUGGAGAAGUGAAGAUAAACCAAGAUGGGGGAGGGGGAGGGGGAGGGGGGGAGUUGUUAGAGGAAAAGCUUGUGAAGACUUGAAGGCUUAGGGUCGUAUCUAAUAAAACUGCCACCAAACCACUAUGGCUAUUUUUAUUCUUGUAGAAAGGGACCAUUCCAAAUGAAAAGAAAUGAGGGUCAGUUUUUGAUAGGUAAAGCGCUAUAAGCUUAGCUGUUAAUGGAUAAAUGGUGCCAUUGUGGUUUUGUAGUGGUUUAGCAGUUUGGUAGAAUUAGGCCCAAAGACGAAUAAAAUGAAGAGAUCCAAGGACAAGAUGCAAUGUUAAUUUUGCCACCCCUUUCAGAUUUCAUCUCGAGUCAGUUCACUGAUUUGACUUUUCAUACACGAAAUGCUGCCAGACUUUAUGUUGACUUCAUGGGCUUGUUAGCACAAUACAAUGUAGUCUGACAUAAUUCUUUUUUUUUUUUAUGUUGUCAUAAGCCAUCGAAUCGCUGAUCGUUUUCAUUAUUCUCGUCCGCAAAAUUAACACUGGCAGUGGCAAUGACUGUUUUUUCUUAAACCAAAUGAUGUGCACAUUUAAAAUAAACUCACCAAACUAUGCAAUAAUUCCUAGGUUUCAUGCUUAAAAAAAAAUCCACAUUAUAGCGGCCUGAGUAAAAGCAAGGGCCG